AUAAAUCCAACCAUGGCGCCCAUGUCAAUAAACACCUUAUGUCUACAACCACUGUCUUGUUUUCCUGUUGAGUACGGACUUAUUCACUAUGCCUAUCAAGAACUUCGCUAGCUGCCUUGCCCUCUCCCUGGCCGUCUGUGGUACGGCCAUGGGCCAGAAGGUCAACGGGCCCGACUAUAACAAGCCAGACGGAGGUCCCCCAGCGAAGUUCUUCCAGGCUUCGAGCUCCAUUCCUGUUGCGGCUAUCCAGGCUGCUGCUGCUAAGGCCAGCAAGGUUCCCUCCCAUGCUACCUAUCCUAUCGGCGAGGGCUCUACCAAGUCCACUAUCCACAGUGACUGGGCGAACUUUGCCGAGGGCGCCUCCUUCUCCUUCAUCGCUGACAUGGACGUGGACUGUGAUGGACUUAACCAUGGCUGCAAGGGUAACCCCGACGGCCAACCCGAAACCAACUGGGGCGCACUGUCCGCAUACGAAGUGCCCUUUAUUGUCAUCCCCCAGAACUUCCUAAAUGCGAAUAAGGCCACCCUCAAAGGAAACGCCGUCGCUGCCGUUAUCUGCAACGGUAAGAUGUACUACGGUAUCUUCGGCGACUCGAACGGAGAUAGCCCUCAGGUCACCGGUGAAGCCUCCUGGUUGAUGGCCAGGACCUGUUUCCCCGAGGAGGACUUGAACGGUAACAAGGGCCACACUGCUGCCGAUGUUACUUACAUCGUCUUCACCGGCGAUAAGGCCGUUCUCCCCAGCAGCGCCCUGAACGAGAACUACAUCACCAACUUCGACACCCUCCGCUCCAUGGGCGACAGCCUCGUCGGCGCCCUUGCUAAGAACCUCAACCUCGGCGGCGGCGGCAACCCGCCCACCACUUUGACGACAACUAGUGUUCCCGAGCCAACUGGCGGCUCCUGCUCGUGGCCGGGUCACUGUGCCGGUGCCAGCUGUUCCACGAACGACGACUGCUCCGACGAACUCGCAUGCAAGAACGGAAAAUGUGCUUCUGACGGAGACGCAGAGACCUGUUCCUGGGAGGGUCACUGCAAGGGUGCUUCUUGCUCAGGUGAUGACGACUGCUCCGAUGAGCUUGCUUGUAUCAAGGGUGUUUGCUCUGUUGAUAACCAGACUAAGCCUUGCGAAUGGGAGGGCCACUGUGAGGGUGCCUCUUGCUCUAGUCACGAUGACUGCGACGGUGAUCUCUCCUGCCAGAAUGGCAAGUGCACUUCUGCUUAAGGGAGGGAUAUGCCGUUUUUCGGGCUGGGUGUUACACGGGAUGAUGGAUUUGGGAUAGGGUAAGUUAUUGUGGUGGAACUUAAUAUGCAUGCUAUAUAUAGACUUGGAGAUUGAGGUGGAGAUGGAGAUGGGGAUAGAGGGUUAUGUUACAUUAUACCCCGGGAUGUACAGAAAGCUCGCUUAGAGCGAAAGCCGGGUUCGCCGACGGCCAGUUGCCGGUUGGCCGGUGUGUACAGUGUACAGUUGCAUGAUUCUGUUGUAUAUAGCAUGAGAUGCACGGCCUGCGG